GCUGCCCGGGCGCGGCUCGGCGGAGAGAGGCGCCGCGCGCAGCUGGCUCGAGGCAGCUCCACUGUUUAUUUUGGAGUAGUCCAGUUAGCUGCAACCAUGGGCCCUAUAGGAGUACUGGGUGAAAAGAACAGCACAAAUGAAGUGAAAAUGGAGCUGUACACCAGGCUAUACUUGCCAGGCCUCACCACACCACCCAGUGAGCUGGCAUCUGACCCCAAACCAGAACUGAAAGACAGUACCAACCUGGUCGAGGUGCAGAUAGUCCUCAUCAUUGCCUAUUGCUUCAUCAUCCUGCUGGGUGUGAUGGGCAACUCCCUGGUGAUCCAUGUGGUCAUUAAGUUCAAGAGCAUGCGCACGGUGACUAACUUUUUCAUUGCCAAUCUGGCUGUAGCUGAUCUGCUGGUGAAUACGCUGUGCUUGCCCUUCACCUUAGUUUACACACUGUUGGGAGAAUGGAAGCUGGGCCCAGUGCUGUGCCACCUGGUGCCUUAUGCCCAGGGCCUUGCAGUGCACGUGUCUACUGUUACCUUGACUGUGAUUGCCCUGGACCGGCACCGCUGCAUUGUCUAUCACUUGGAGAGCAAAAUCUCCAAGCGAAUAAGCUUCCUGGUCAUUGGAGUGGCCUGGGCUGUCAGUGCGCUACUGGCUAGUCCUCUGGCCAUCUUCCGUGAGUACUCUCUGAUUGAGAUCAUUCCUGAUUUCCAGAUUGUGGUCUGCUCUGAGAAGUGGCCUGGUGAGGGGCAACUCAACUAUGGCACCAUCUACAGUGUCUCUAUGCUCCUGAUCCAAUACGUUUUGCCUCUGGUAAUCAUCUCCUAUGCCUAUGCCCGUAUCUGGACCAAACUAAAGAACCAUAUCAGCCCUGGGGCUGGGAAUGACAACUACCACCAUCGGCGGCGGAAGACCACUAAGAUGCUGGUGUGCGUGGUUGUGGUGUUUGCUGUAAGCUGGCUGCCCUUUCACACUUUCCAGCUUGUCAGUGAUAUUGACAGUAAGGUGUUAGAUCUGAAGGAGUACAAGCUAAUCUACACAGUGUUUCAUGUCAUUGCCAUGUGCUCAACCUUUGUUAACCCACUUCUCUAUGGCUGGAUGAACAACAACUACAGGACAGCCUUCCUCGCAGCCUUCCAAUGUGAGCAGCGACUGGAUUCCAUUCACCCUGAGGUAUCAGGAGCAUUCAAAGCCAAGAAGAACUUGGAAGCAAAAAAGAAUCAUUGCACGGGAACCCCUACCAAUGUCUGAGAAUGUCAGGCAUAGAAGAAAAAAGGAAUACACUCUGGCCAGAGAAAGAUCUGUUUUGACAGAUGCAUUUUUAUACAUAGUUUUAAUCAUAUAAGGUGGAAGAAAAUCAGCAAGUUAAAGUGUCUAUUCUAUGAUUCCAGAGAUAGUUGGUUGCCAUCAACCAUAUACAAUUACACAUCUCCAAAGAAAUAUAAAAGAUAUUUCAUU